AUGUUACCAAAAUUCUUAACGCAACGGUAUCCACUAGACAAACACUUCUUUUUAAUUCCACGCUUCGCCUUGAGUCUCAUUGGCUAUUAUCCGGAAACCGUGAGGACAACAAAGGUGCAACUGUGGUCGUUCUUCAAUAUAGCAAUUUUGGGUUAUGGCUGUUAUGCUGAAUUUUAUUAUGGCAUCCACUACUUGAGCAUCGAUAUACCUUCAGCCUUGGAUGCUCUCUGUCCGGUGGCCUCCAGUAUUAUGUCGUUUAUUAAAAUAUUUUUCAUUUGGUGGUAUCGAGAGGACUAUAAAAGUCUUAUUGAAAAGGUGCAUAAUUUGACGGCUCAGCAAAACUCCAGCAGUAAAGUGCAAAUGAAAAAGAGAUAUUUCACAUUGGCGACACGCUUAAAUGCCUUGGUACUAUUUUUUUCCUUUUGUACCAGCACUUCAUAUACAUUAAGACCGAUUGUCAGCAAUACGUUUUUGUAUCUAAACGGCAAAGACAUUAUCUAUGAGACACCAUUUAAAAUGAUGUUUCCAGAUACGCUUCUUUCAAUGCCACUAUACCCAAUAACAUUUAUAUUGGUUCACUGGCAUGGGUAUAUAACGAUAUUAGCAUUUGUCGGUGCUGAUGGUUUAUUUUUAGGAUUCUGCAUUUAUUUAGCUACGCUUUUAAAGGCGAUGCAAGAAGACUUACAAAAUAUAUUGACAGAUAUCGAAGAUAAAAAAAAAUCAAGACAUGACUCGGAGGAGGAGGUAUGUUUGGCACUGGAGGAUAUUAUAGUACGUCACAAUGAAGUUGCCGAGCUUACAGACAAAUUUUCCUUGAUUAUGGUUGAAAUAACUUUGUGUCAGUUCAUCACCUCAAGUAUAAUUAUAGCCACCAGUGUUCUUGAUCUUUUGCUAUUUUCUGGUUAUGGAGUUAUAGUCUACGUUGUUCAUACUUGUGCCGUUUUUACCGAAAUAUUUCUUUACUGUUUGGGUGGCAAUGCUGUUAUGGAAAGUAGCGAAGAUUUGGCUACGAAAGCCUAUAGCAGCGAAUGGUACACUCACAGUGUAAAGGUUCAAAAAAUGGUUUUACUCAUCAUGGUACGUGCUCAACGUACAAUUGGCAUAAAAGUGCCAUUUUUUGCUCCCUCAUUGCCAGCACUGACAGCGAUUUUGCGUUUUACCGGAUCUGUCAUUGCUUUAGCUAAAUCGGUGAUUUAA